AUUACCCUUUGUCUGCUGCGUUGACCUGUUCUAAGCUGUGUGACGCAUUUGAGCAGGCCUGGGGCAUAUUCUAGUUUUUCAGUUUACAUCAGUUCAGAAACCCGAGCAGCAUGAAUUCUAAACCUAAACCAAUCCUAGCCCCUCUUCCAGACACAUUCUAUUCUAACCUACCAGGCCUCGAACACGAGGCAAAAGACGCAACCGAAUUUUUCGAAACUCGAGUCAAAGAAAGUGAUCGCCGGGAAAUCCCCGAUGAGUUUAAGAAAACAAUUGUCCUCGAGGCUCAAAAGCUUCGACGAGCUCAGACUCGAAAGCCUCGAAUUUCAAAGAAGAUGUUGACCUCCAAGGAAAAACGAGACUUGGGAUUAAAUCGACUUCCUAAAGUUGGAUUGAACUACCAACAGUUUCAGGCUUUGAAUGAUUUGUGGAGAACCUACAUAAUUGAACUAUUGGAACUAGACUCAUUAAAGAAAAGUGGAUGGGAACCAGGUAACCUUGAGGAACCUAGGCUUCAGCAGAUUCAGAUGAAAAUAUGUCGGGCUGAUCUUCAUGGAGCAAUCAUUGAGGUUUCCAAAUCUGAUUGUGGUUCCCAGGAAGGAAGGAAGGGAAUAUGUCUCCUGGAAACUAAACACACUCUACAGAUAAUAUCUACAGAUAAUAAACUCAGGAUGAUACCUAAGAAGGGAACAACGUUUAGUUUUGAGAUCUCUGGUUUCCGUUUCUCCUUCCCUGGUUCAUCCUUCCUAUCCAGACCUGCGGAGCGAGCAACUAAAAAACCCAAGAACAAAAUGCCGCUGGAUUUCUGAACUUGACAUUUUUUAAAUUUGUAAAAUUAUUUUUUUUCAGAAAA